CCCUCGACCCCUUCUGUAUUAGUGCAAUGUACUGCCGCCAGAGGUAUACUUAUCUUGUUUACAGUGAACUACCUGAUCGACUUUUUCGUGACAUAACCAAAAAGUUGUUGAUUACUAAAAACAAAAUUAAAUGGAAAAACAGUAUGGUCUUAUUGUCCCGAACAAGAGUAAACCUUUACACCCAAUUGGCCCCGUCAGACCGUCCAUCUUCGGUAACGAUUCCGACUCCGACUCGGGCGCCGCUAAACCAACUGGGCUCAAAACGGCGUUAAAGCGACAGGACAGAUUACUGCAAGAGAAGGCGAUAGAGGAGGAUCCGACCGUCUUUCAAUAUGACGAGCUGUACGACGACAUGGACGCCAAACGGAAGGAAUCGAAGCUGUCCCGCAAGGAUCUCGACAAGAAACCGAAGUACAUCAACAAAUUGCUGCAGAGUGCCGAACGGCGCAAACGCGAGAACGAGCGACGCAUCGAACGGCAGGUGCAACGGGAACGCGAGGCCGAAGGCGAAGAGUUCAAGGAUAAGGACUCGUUCGUUACGUCGGCGUACCGCGCCAAGCUCGAGGAACUGAAGAAGCUCGACGAGGAGGAGGAACGCGAGGACUACCUCGAGGCGAUCGGCGACGUGCGAAAGCAGGGUAACAUCGACGGCUUCUAUCGGCACCUCUACGACCAGAAGGUCCUCUACGAGGACAAGGUCGAGGAGGGGGAGGGCGCCAAGUCGAAGAGGCGGAGGUACCGCAGUCAGCGCGAGCAGAGCUCCGACUCGGAGCCCGAAGUCAAGCCGCAACUGCAGCAUCUGCCGUCUAAUAUCGACGCCGAUUCCGAUUUCAGUAUAGACUCGUCCGAUUCGGAGGGGGAGAAGGGACGGGCCGAGGCCGUUCCUCCGGUCGAGGCCGCAACUGAAACUUCGGCAGAGGUCGUGCGGACCGACGAAAAUAAAACGGAAGCCGAAGAGGUGGAGGAGGUGAAGGUCGAGGCGAAAGUUCGUGAGAAAGUGAAAGUCGAUAUAUGGAAGAAACGGACGGUGGGGGACGUAUUUGACAGUGCACUUCGGAGGUAUUUCGAGCGGAAGGCUUUGAGAGAAAGCGGGAGUUAUGUUAGGCCGAUUUUGUAAAUGUGUUUUAAUUGUAGUUUAAGCGACAAAUAAAUUAUUUAUAAAACGA